AGUGGUUCCCGAGUCCGGGCGGUGGUCCAGGGCUGGCGAUGGCGCUGCGAGCGCCCUUGAUGAAGACCAGCCCCAGUGGCCAUUCCUUCGGCGUUGUGCCCUUUGCACAACUCGGUGCCAGGAGCCGUGGCAAGGGCACGGACGGCAGACAGCGGUCAUCAACCCCAUCAAGUUGAAGGCCAUGGCGAUGAAGCUUCGACAUCGGCUACACAACUUGGAGUUUAAGCGACCCAACUCCAAUCCACAGCGAGGGCCUCCAAUCCGCGAGUGACGGGACCAGGACGGACAUUUCAAGACUUGAUCAUUCGGGGAAGGAGCCCCGCAUCACCGCAUCACUGAAAACAGAACUCCUCCAAGGUUGGCCCCCCCCGCGCGAAGAUGGGGAUGACGUUCAACCACGCCUACCGGCGAAGACUUAUUCCGUGCUCUACAUCGUAGGCCCCGACAACGUGGUGGGCUUGAAGACGAUCUUUUAUCAUCCCUUCAGCUUGCUGCUGCUGGCCUGUCCAGCUGGGAUCUUGGCGCAUGCCCUCGACUGGGGCGUGGGCUGCGUGUUCUGGUUGAACUUCUUAGCUUUGGUGCCACUGGCGAAGAUCCUCGGGGAUUCCACCGAGGAGCUCGCUGGAAGCAUCCACAAUGAUACGGUCACGGGCUUGCUGAACGCGACCUUUGGGAACGCGGUGGAGAUGAUCGUGGCCAUACAGUCCAUUCGCACGAACCUCUUAGACAUUGUGAAGGCCAGUUUGUUGGGCUCCGUUCUUUCGAACACCCUGCUAGUUCUGGGCACCGCGUUCUUGCUGGGCGGCUUGACGCGGAGCCGAAAGAGGACACCGAGGGCGAUAUCAUUCCUUCCAUAUCGUCAGUGAGGAGUUCGAAAAGAACGGGCCCACGCGAUUGGAGAAGGAACAGAAGUUUGCGGUGAAGUCCGCACUGAUCAGCAUGGCGAUGCUGAUGUUUAGCUGUAUGUCCUUUGCGCUGCCGACCAUAUUCAAUUCAUAUCCUUCAGAUGACAGCAAGUCCGUACUCAAGGUCUCGCGCAUAGGUGCUUGUAUCGUCUUGUCCUCCUACGUGGCGUACUUGAUCUUCCAGCUGCUGACGCACGAGAAGACCCUCGGAAACGAGGAGACCAGGGAUGCCUUGAGUCCUGGCUUGGAAGAAGAGGAGCAAAAUGCGGAUGCAGACGAAGAUGAGGACUGAGGAUGACGUUGGCCCCGGGCUCACGGCGGGUUGUGCCACUCUCUUGAUGGGCCUUUGCACUUUAGCCGUGGCCAUCAACUCGGAAUACCUGGUGGAUACCAUCGCCCAGGUCGUCCGGGACUAUGGUCUUCCCGAGAGCUUCAUUGGCGUGAUACUGCUGCCCAUCGCGGGAAACGCCUGCGAACACGCGCCUGGGAGACGGACUCCCCAACAGGACCGUCCUGGCUUGGCCAUCGGCAUCGCAGUGGGUUCUGCCACUCAGAUCUCCUUGCUGGUGGUUCCCUUCUCCGUGAUUGUUGCAUGGUUCGCGGACGGGAAGCCCUUGGAUUUGGACUUUGGUGCCUUGAAUACCGCAGUCGUGACCUUCUGCAACCUGGUGGUGCUCACGCUCCUCUUGGAUGGACGGUCCAACUGGUUCAAGGGAUACAUCCUUUGUUGCAUGUAUGCCUUCGUGGGUGUUCUGUAUUGGCACGUGCCAGCGUCCAUGGAAUACCGCGGCCGAGGCUGAGCCUGAAACCUGCCUGCCGGUUUCACGGCCCGCCGAGCGUCCGUCCGCUCAACAACGCGCGGAGAGAACGGUGGUGCCGACCUGAAGAUGGAAGGACCC